AUGGAUUUGUUCAAGUGGACACUUGGAAUUUUGGCAUUGAGUGGUAUGAUCAUCGCCAACCUGGCCAACGAGGAGUUCAGUUUAUUCGACAAUGGAUACCGUGCUCUUUAUCGAGUUUACGAGGAAUGUCAACAGCGUAACGUUGCCGUAUCCCAGUGUUUAAAGAAGAAGGCUAUAUUUUUCUUCGACAGAUUAGGUCGUAUCGAUACGUUACCGAUCGGUGAGAAUUUGGAAUUGAUCAAGGUACCACCAACCGUUGACGGGAAAAACGAAACUUCGGGGAAAAGUUUGACGAUAGAUUUGGAUAACCUUGGUCGUAACAAUGGUGGCACGUCAAAGGAAGAAUUCUUAAAUGAUAUUUUAUUUGAUAAAAUAGCCAAUCUGUUGAACGGAUACAACAUACAAAUACAUUUACCAAAGACCAAUUCUGUCGAAUUGAAACGUAGCAUAGAGGAGGGACGUGGAAAGAUGAAGAAAAUGAUGGGUAUGAUGAUGAUGGGUAUGGCCAUGAAAAUGGCUGCAAUGGUACCGAUCGCCAUGGGCGUUCUAUUCCUUCUGGCUGGGAAAGCACUGAUCAUCAGCAAAAUAGCACUUGUACUGUCCUUGAUAAUUGGCUUGAAAAAAUUACUAAGCCAAAAGCAAAGUCACGAUUCUCAUGGUGGUUGGCAACAAAGUGGCGGUGGAUGGGACAGGAGCUUGAAAGAUGUUACUGCAGUCACGGAAGCUGACAGACAAUACGCUCACAAUCUGGCGUAUAAAAGUUCUAGAAUACAACAACAACAACAACAA